AUGGAGGACUGCACGGACGCCGAGAGGGACGGAGGUCUGGUCGUGUGGGAUAAGUCCCACCGUGCCCACGACGGCUACUUCCGGGUCAAGGGCAUAGAGUGCAAGGACAACUGGUAUCGUUUCCCACACGAGGCUGGCGACAAGAACAAGCCACAGCCCGAACUCAAACAGAUGGAGGAGGAUGGCCGUCCCUAUCUCUCCCCCGGCGAUCCCGACUACGGCUCCGAGAGGCCCGUGCCCACGCCCAGGGCCUUGAUCGGCGCAGAGGCGGGCGAUGUCAUCGUCUGGUUCAGCGACACUGCGCAUCAGAACCAACCACUCCGAGUGGACGGCAAGAAUCGGAUCGUGGCGUACGUGUCGAUGGCGCCCAGGCAGUAUCUGCUGCCACGUGAGCUGGGUCCGCGCGUGCGCGCAUUCCACGACAGGGCCACGUCGAGUCAUUGGGCGGCGUGCGGGUUCAAGCGCAACGCUGUGCCCAGAACCUACACCACGGAAGCGCACAACCUGUUCAAGGAGCGCUACAAGGCCCACUUGGCAAGCCUUCCGCAGGGGCAAGAGACCAAGAUCGCCCCGCCGCGCAACCACAGCAUUCUCUCGUUCUGUAAUGUUGUGAAGAAAGCCAAAAAGGACGACUAA